AUGCUGCCCGCCGCUGCUCGGCGGCCGUGGCCGGCACCCAGACCCAGGCCCGUGGGGUUUCGUCCCGGGGGUGUAUGCUUUUGUUUUCCUGCACCUCUUGAUUUUUUCUGUAAAUUCUGUAAUCUCGCAAGCGUUGGGAUCGACGAGACACUGCGGUCGCGCAGAGAUUCCCCGAGUUGCCCCGGGUGGAUUCCAACACUCCCAAGACCGCUCCAGGCCCUGUUCACUCUGUCAGUUGUCAUAUUUCUUGCAGAUACUGCAGGUCUUCUUUUCUUUCUUGUCUCUCUUGUUCAAAUUUGGAUGCUAUUCCUGCCCGAUCAAUCUCCCCCUUUGCGUUGCCCUGCAGCACACGCCACACCCCUCAAGAUCCAAAGAGAGGUCCCAAGGCAUGCAGCAUUUCGACCCUGA